UCUAUCGAAACCCCCCGAAGUACUUGCACAUAGCUUAUCGAGCAAACCGAGUUCUCAGGAUGGCUGACCAAACCUACACCGUUGCAUCUGAUGGUGAAAGUGCCGAGGACAUUUCUAAACUGAUUCCUACUGAAAUUGCAAUUGGUAUGGAUAUUGGGACAUCUAAAUGCAGUGUUGCCAUCUGGAAUGGCUCAAGAGUAGAACUGCUUCGAAACACAAGAAACCAAAAGUUGAUUCGUUCAUAUGUCUUAUUCAAGAAUGAAAUGCUGCCUUCAGGAGGAGUGAGCACUGAAGUUCCUCAUGGUGAUCCAGAAAUUUUAUCUGGAAGUGCAGUUUUUAACAUGAAACGGCUAAUAGGAAGAAUCGAUACCGAUCCAGUGGUUCAUGCUUGCAAAACUCUUCCUUUUAUGGUACAAACUUUGGGUAUUGGUGUUAGGCCAUUCAUUGCUGCUCUGGUAAAUAACGUUUGGAGGUCCACCACACCCGAGGAAGUGCUUGCAAUCUUUCUAGUCGAGUUAAAAGCAAUGGCAGAACUGCAGCUAAAGAGGCCAAUACAAAAUGCGGUUCUUACUGUUCCAGUCUCAUUUAACAGAUUUCAACUGGCUAGAAUUGAGCGCGCCUGUGCCAUGGCAGGCAUAAAUGUCUUCAGGCUGAUGCCAGAGCCUACUGCUGUGGCCCUUCUAUAUGCACAGCAGCAGCAGCAAUCCAUGCAUGAAAACAUGGGAAGUGGCAUUGAAAAAGUUGCACUUAUAUUUAGUAUGGGCGCUGGGUAUUGUGAUAUUGCUAUAACUGCAACAGCAGGUGGAGUCUCCCAGAUCAAGGCAUUGCUGGGAAUUCCUCUAGGUGGAGAAGAUCUGCUUCAAAAUAUCCUGCGAUAUCUUUUGCCAGAUUUUGAGAGAAUCUGCUCCAGUCACAGCUUGAAAAAUAUCAAGUCAAUGGCAUUGCUUAGAAUUGCAGCCCAAAACGCAAUCCAUAAACUUUCCUCGCAAAAUAGCGUCGAAAUCAAUGUGGAUUUGGGCGACGGGAGAAAAAUAUCUAGAUCAUUGACCCGCGCAGAAUUCGAAGGAGUGAAUGAUGAGGUAUUUAUUGAAUGUGAGAAGCUGAUAUCUCAAUGCUUACUGGAUGCCAAGGUGACUGCAGAAGACUUAAAUGAUGUAAUAUUAGUUGGUGGAUGUUCAAGCAUUCCUAAGAUCCGAAGCCUGGUGCUUCGUUUGUGCAAGAAAGGAGAUUCAUACAAGGGAAUUGACUCUCUAGAAGCUGCUGUACAUGGCGCUGCUUUGGAGGGAGCCAUUGCUUCUGGAAUAAAUAACUCGUCAGGUAGCUUGGACUUGCUAACCAUUCAAGCCACUCCCCUGAGCCUUGGUAUUCGCGUAGAUGGAGAUGGAUUUGCACCUAUUAUUCAUAGGAACACAGCAGUUCCUUCCAGGAAGGAAAUGCUCUUCACUACUGCUCAUGACAACCAGACUGAGGCCCUUAUUGUUGUAUAUGAAGGGGAGAGCAAGAAGGCUGGGGAGAACAAUAUAUUGGGUUACUUCAAGAUCACUGGGAUCCCUUCUGCUCCCAAGGGCUCUGCGGAGAUCUGUGUUUGCAUGGAUAUCGAUGCUUCGAAUGUUCUGAGAGUUUAUGCGGGCGCAUUUUUGCUUGGGACACAAGAAGCUGUUUCGCCUUUCGUCGAGGUGAGGAUGCCAACGGUAGAUGACGGGCAUGGCUGGUGCGGGCAAGCUCUGGUUAAGAUGUAUGGAUCUACAAUGGACUUGGCUACUAUACCGAAGAAAGUGUAGCAUUGAGGUACUAAAUUUACAUACAUAUCAUCUUAUAUUACUCUAUUUAUAUAUUUAACCUCUAAAAUUUUAAUAUUACAUACAUACCACCUAUAGUUCAUUUUCAUAUUGAAAUAGAGUGGUGUAUUUGAUAUUAAAAUAAUAUAUGAUAGUAUGUAUGUAAUAUUAAAAUUUUAGAUAUUAGAUAUAUAAAUAGGAUAGUAUAAAGUGAUAUGUAUUUAAAUUUUUCAUAAUUUCUCUUAUUUAAGACUAGUCUAUUUAGGUGAAAGCUAUGUUGAUUACUACUACUAAAGUUUGGUUUUCUUCUACAUGUCAAACAGUUAAGGGAGCUUCAGUGGAAUGUUUGUGCUGUGUCGUGUUCGUAAAAAUAUCAAAGAGAACUUGUUCUGUUACUUGCACUGUAUUGAAAAUUACAACCUCAUGCUUAGAGUUUGAAGGUUUA